GGCAAGUGCCGAGCAAAGGGAAGCGCAUAAAGCGUGGCUUGUUUAUGCGCCGCGAGACUAUGGCGACUUCAUGGCCAGGGGCCUUAGCGCUAUUUUGGACACGUUCAAGGAGACAUUUGCGAGAGAGGACAUGACUGCAUGGAACGUUUCCGGAGUGAAAUUAGGGCUCAACUUCUUAACCCAUUUUUACAAGUCCUGCUCAACUUCUUAAUUCCUUUUUACAAGUCGGUCCUUCUCAUGGUUUCUUUGGUUUUUUACGAUUUGGAAAAAAAGGAAACAAGAAGUGAUAAGUACACUUGGCGCGCUAAGGAAAAACUUGGAUGGGAUGUUCCAUGACUUCGCCAAC